AUGGUUCAAAACGGUCACAACGCGUUAGUCAAAAUGUGUCAACUUCAACCAAACGGAGACGGCCGAACGCGACAGACUGUUGCUAACACUCGGAAAGCAGCAACAGCUCGAUUCUCGAACAUACAUUCUGCGCCGAAGUUGUCCAGACAAAAACACAAAGAGCCAAAAUUGGACAGCGAAGAAUCUCUACCAAAAAUAAAUCCGUCUGUUGGCGGUUUAUGCGGUUUGGAAAACAUCGGUAACACAUGUUUUAUGAAUAGUGCAUUGCAAUGUUUAGCUAAUAUUACCGCCAUGACACAACACUUCGAUAAUCUGUUCAGUGACUCUCCGGAUGACCAAACUGUAUCAUAUGCAUAUGCGCAUCUUAUUAAAUUAAUGUGGUCUGGUGAAAACUCGUCCGUAACACCUCGAGAAUUGAAACACCGCGUCAACCGUUCAGCACCAAUAUUCUCUGAUAACGGGCAACAAGACUCACAAGAAUUUAUCAAUUCACUGCUAGACGCAUUGCAUAAAGAACUCAAAGACGACAGUAAUGAAUCGAUAGUAACACAAUUGUUUUCUAUCAAAACUCGAUCGACAGUCACCUGUUCGCAUUGUUUUAUGCCCGAUCCGAAUGAUCAAUCGUCAAAUUUUCUCCCACUGCCAUUACCACCGUCCUCAUUCAUGAGCGGCAAACAUGCAAAGCAGUUGACACUAGAAUAUUUGCUAGACGACUUUUUUAAAGAAGCCGAUUUGGACGGUGAUUAUUAUUGUGCAAUGUGUAAUCAAAUAACGGUAGCAAAACAAAAAUCAGAUCUAUGUUCUCCAAUGCCUCAAGUAUUCGUUAUUCAACUGAAACGAUUUACGUACAACAAUUCAAAUGACAAAAUCGAUACGUUCAUUGAAUUUCCAUUCAACAAUUUGGAUCUCGGACGAUAUGCGAUCGCCCAACCAUCGGACGAUAGUCUCUAUGACUUAAUUGCUAUUUCAAAUCAUCAAGGAAGUCUGAGCAGUGGGCACUAUACAGCCACUGCUAGAAAAGUGAACGACAAAUGGUUUUCAUUUAAUGAUCAAUAUUUCGAAGAGAUUUCGUCCAAUAUCAAUCGACGUCAGAUAGUCACGAAUAAUGCCUAUGUGCUUGUUUAUUCAAAGCAGCGAAACAGAUAG